CCCCUCCGUCGAUGUGGGAAAGUGUCGUGCUGAAAAAAAGCCCUCUUCUAAACAGAGCUAGUCUCCCGGAGAGUCGCGGAGCUUGCAGGUCGGACAAGAAGACGCAAACAGGCCGCGUAAACAACAGUGAUCGGCUUCGCUCUAGGCGGAGCGGACAACAUCGGGCCUCUUAAUCGGAAUAACGCCACUAAAAUUGAAAGCCUUUCCCUCCCCCUCCGCCAGCAGCGCCCGGGAGGUUUAUUUAGUGGAGGGGGCGGGCGGUGGAUUUCGCAAGUCUGUUCCCCAGUCACCAGCCAUCCGAUCCACCUCUCUACACGGGAUCUUUUCGCGACUCCCGUUCCUGGAGGGUUUCGGGAUCGCUGGGCCGGGGUUAACACUUAAAAAGACCCUGGUGCCGCUGAUGUCCGAUCCUACCUUCUUACUGCCUUUUUGUGAGAUUACUUCCAGUGAUUAGCCCUCGUUUCACCGUAACCUUCCAGUCGGCACGGUUCAGCUGGACGAUCAAGGCAGCGCUGUGCUCAGGAGGCCCCCUCGCCAGUUUAUAGUGGAGAAUCCAGACAAAGCCCAGCCCUUAAUGGAUUUCUGAAUGUAGACGAAUUCCCUGAACCCUGCAGGAGCCGCUAUGAAGAGUGAGAUCUCGUCUGAUGCGUCCCGUAGACAUGAGACCCUGAAGGGAGCUCUGGCAAACCCCGAUCCCAUGGAGGCAGCCAAGAAUUUCCCAGCCGAAGUGGAAAUGAUUGGCACCAAAGUGGGAAGCGAGUUUUCACCUCUGUGUGCAGAAACUGGCCAACGCCAGAUACGGGACGUCAAUGGCGGUCGUCGGGAGCAGGACAAAGCCAUUUCUGCACGAAAGAAACGCAAGAGCCAGCAGGCUGGCCCUUCAGAAACUCAGUCGUGCAGCCUGAAGGACAUUCAGAAUGGAGCCUUUGCGCCUCGUGACAGAAGUGGACUUGAUGGACAGAGUGAGGAGGAUAAUGAGUCAUCCCUUAGUGAUUGCAUUUCAUCCCCCUCUUCCAGCCAUCACUUUGGGGACUCUGAGACCAUUUCCUCUGAGGAGGAGGAGGAUUCGGACAAGGCUGCUGUUGUGCCUCCCAAAUUGGGCAGCACAGGGCGGACACAAGGAAGCAGGCCACACAAGUGGCCCCGGCUGGACACUGACGCUGUUUUGAUGAAGCGUCCUUGCCUUCAUGACCGGCAAUCUCUAAAUCGCAAGUGUUUUCGAAAAGCUGCAGGCUCCACUCAGCGGACUCAAAAACAAAAGGAGCGGCUGAUGCUGCAGCGUAAGAAACGGGAGGUGUUCGCCAGACGGAAGUAUGCACUGCUGCAAAGCACAAGCAGUUCAAGUGAGAAUGAACUCACCAGUGAUUCUUCAUCCACGUCCUCAAGUGAAGGUGAAGAGGAGAUGUAUGUGGAUGUGAGCAGCAGUAGCCAGCCGAGCAUCACCGCUGUUACCACAGGAAGCAUUGAUGAGGAUGUGGUAGUGAUCGAGUCCACUCCAGCCGCCCCAGCCACUGCCAAUGAAGAGAUCAACGUGACCUCGUCCACUGAUAGUGAAGUGGAGAUAGUGACUGUUGGAGACAGCUGCAGGUCUCGUUCUUCUACGAGCCACUCAAGAUCACACUGGGUCUCAAGUUCCAGCUCACAGAAUCGACCUCAGGAACAGCGCAGCCGAAGUCGCAUCUCCACAGUUAUCCAACCUUUGAGGCAGAAUGCAGCAGAGGUGGUUGACCUCACAGUGGAUGAAGAUGACCCCACCAUUGUGGCAACUUCAUCGGCUAACUGUAGCUCUCAGCCUUUUAGCUCCUCUUCCAGUAUGGCCUCUACCUCAGAACAGUCUGCUGAAGUUUCUGCGAGCACUUCCACUAGCAGCCAAGCCUCAAUGCCAGACAUAAUAGGACUUCCCUCUAACAGUAGCUCAUCUGGCCCUACAGCAGGAGAUGAUACCAGAAGAGGUCUGGCUGCAGAGAAUGCCGGCACAGCCAUGCCUCGGUUGCCAUCGUGUUGCCCUCAGCAUUCUCCAUGCAGUGGUGCCACACCAGGCCACUCUUCGGUGGGACAUGGCCACUCCAGUUGCCUUCAGCAACAGCAGCAGCACACUCACUCCCACCACUACCAGCACCAUCACCAUCACCAUCAUCAUGGGGGCCAUGCCACAGGACCUCCACCCCAAAUACCUUACCCAGAAUCCAACUGUCCAUUGGAAAGGUCGAGCACAGUACAAGCACCAUGUGGGCCAAGCAACAACAACAGCAGCAGUCAGUAUCACGAUCAGCAGACAUUACCUGUGGAUUUAAGCAACAGCGGGAUUCGAAAUCAUGGAGGUAGCAGUUUCCACGGGACCCUGCCUUUUGAUCCCUGUUGCUCUGGAUCAUCUUCACGGACAACAGUAUAUGGACCUCCAACUACAGCUGGCCCCAGUCAGCAAGCGCCUGCAGAAAACCCUGGAUCUGGCAUUGUAACCCAGCCUCCACCACAAACCCAGCUCUCCUCAUGUCGACAUUAUAUGCACCCUCCUUAUAACCCACUGGCACGUAGUCUUCACCAAACACCUUCAUCCUGCCCUCACUCUCAUGGAAAUCCCCCACCCCCUACGCAGCCUCCUCCCAAUUCUGAAUAUUUAAACUCGCCCUCCAUUCAUACUUUUCAUACUCCAAUCAUUACUCAUACCCCAGGAUUCCCUGUUCCGUCUGCCCCUCCUCCUACCCUCCCUUCACACCAUCUGCCCACUACAGCAGCCCCUAUUUCACAGCACCUGCCUCCAGAGCACCAGCCUCUUACACAUCAUAUACCUACACUGGCCCCCUCCUCGUUUCAGCAGGAAAUACUCCAGAGAAUGGAAGUACAGAGGAGAAGAAUGCUGCAGCAUCCAACCCGAGCACAUGAGAGGCCACCACCACAUCCACAUAGAAUGCACCCAAAUUAUGGUCACGGACACCAUAUACAUGUUCCUCAAACAAUGUCCUCCCACCCAAGACAGCCUGAUCAGCGUGCAGCUUGGGAGCUGGGAAUUGAAGCAGGAGUUACUGUAGCCCCCUACCCACCCGGCCACCUACAUCCUCAUUUGCCUCAUUAUCACACCCCUCCUAGGCUACAUCAUUUUCCAAUAGUUCCAUUUAUGCACACUAGUAUGUCUGAAGUGACAUAUCCUCAUAUUCGCUAUAUAUCGUCAAGAAUGACUGGAUUUAACAGGACUUAUGAGGAUCUACUUCAUUUAGAAGAGCGACUAGGAAAUGUCAACCGGGGUGCCUCCCAAACAACAAUUGAGCGCUGCACCUAUCCACACAAGUACAAAAAGGUGAGAACUUCAGGACCAUGCAUCAGAAAGAGAAAGUUGCAUGGUAAACAUGAUGAUGAUGAAGCUGCAGAGGAGGAUACGGAAGAAAAAUGUACAAUUUGUUUGUCUAUAUUAGAGGAAGGAGAAGAUGUCAGACGCCUCCCAUGUAUGCACCUGUUUCACCAGUUGUGUGUUGACCAGUGGCUCACUACGAAUAAGAAAUGCCCUAUCUGCAGAGUGGACAUUGAAGCCCAGCUGUCUGCUGAAAGUUGAUGCUAUUUUCAAGAACUGACCCCCACCCACACCCCCACUUUCUCCUCAGUACUGCAGUCAACCAAAGAUGGCAUGAAUUACCUGCGCAGAAUAAAAAAGAAAACUUUUCAACCUAGAGUGCCAGCUAAUUUACAUAGUUACUGCUAGAACAUCAUCAGUAUAGAUUUUAAAUUUUAUUGUAUUUAUAAAGCUUUUUUUAUGUAGCUUUUAUUUCUUCUGUGUCAUUUUAAUUUUUGCAUGGUUCUUGUAUUGCAUUUCUUUGCACACACAGGGCUUCAUGUCCAUAGACUUGCAGGCAAGAAUAGCUGCUGUUGUGAGAUAGCAUUCAGUUUUACAUUUUUUUAUUUUUUAAUUUACACAAUUCCUUGCUUUACUGGAAUAGAAUGUCCCAUUCUUUUUAUUAACCUUUCAGGAUUAAUUUAAUUGAACGUUAUGUAUUAGUUUAAUGUAUAGAGACUGUGAUCAACUAGUGCAUACAGAAGAUAAUGUAAAUCAACAUUCCUUAAUCAGGAAAUGAAAGAGCUGCUGAGUCAGACUAACAAAAUGAAAAUCCAUCUGAAAGUCAAAUGGGGAGAUCCAGGAAAUGCCUACCGGAGUGGGUUCCCUCACCCUGCACCUUUAUUUAAAUUUUCACUUUUCUGUGCUUCACAUUGGAAAAGAGUUACAUGAAUGUCAUUAUGCACCAUUUUUUUUUUUUAAUGAAUAGACCUAUCAAGAAACAUAGUUGACAAAGACACGCAGGGUCUUGUGUACCAUCUUUUAGGCCACUUGUAAAUUUAAUGUUUUUUUUUUCUGGGUGGGGAAGGGGGCGGUGUGUUAAAAUUCAGAUCUUAACCUUUGACUUGACUUUAAACUGGAGGUUAAACUUGUAAUAAUGUAUAAAGCAUGUAAAUUGUAUUGAUCACUCGCUCUAAUUCCAGCCACAUUUUGCAUUGUUUGGACAUGACACAGACUUGCACAGCUUUUGUUGACUUGAUAGGUCUGUAGAGAUUGUAUUUUUAAUGCUGGUUCUCACUCAUUAUAAUAGCCCUCUGUUUCAUAAAUUGCAAAAUCAAAAGAAAAGCUCACAUUACCCGGAGUGAGAAGUUCUUCAACACUAAAAAUGCAUAUACUUGCACACAAGAUGGAAAGAAACAAAUCCUGUGAAAAAUUCAAAUAAAAGUGCGUCUAGGUAAAUGUAUUUCUGCUCUGAUUAUGUUUUGGAAAUGGAAAAAAUCUCAUUAUGAACUGAGUGUUGGAAUGCAGUACUAAUGGCAGGUAUCCAUGCAUUCAUAGACUUUUAUUGGCCCUACUGGGAUGUAUCCCAAGGGAUUUAUAUUAGAUUUAAAAAAUAAAUAAAGUUAGGUAACUCUUA